AUGGAGGUGAUGCAGUCGAGCUUAGAUAUGUGCGUAGCGUCCUUGUCCCUCGUCUUGGCCAUGCUCGUCUUCACUCUCAUCGCCUGCCUCUUUGGCGCUAUCAAUUUCGUCAACAGCCUCAUGAGCGCAGCAGCAGCUGGCGGCAGCGACACCAACUCCGACAGCUUGUGCUCCUUGGAACAAGUCAAGACGUGGAGCGCGGAGAGGACAAGGAAAAAGAGCAUGAGCAUUCCAGGUGGGGAGAGUUGCUUCAACGAGAAUCCCCUCUUCUACAAGGAGGGGGAGGAUGAGGCGUGCAGGCGGCCUCGUCGACGUGCGGGGUUGCAGGCGCUGCGGGCACCCUUGGGGGUCAUCACCACCCUCAUGUCGUGCUGGCAGCAGCAGCAGCAGCCGCGGGACAGGAGGCGGGCGGCUGCGCUGGUGGAGCUAAGCAAGAGGCAGCAGGCGGCGCUGGCGGACAAGCAGGAUACCAUCGACAUGCUCGAGUGGCAGCUGGAGCAAAUGCAGGUGAUGGCCAGCAGGGAGCGGGAGCAGCUCCACGAGAUGGAAUGUCGCUCCUCGGCAGCCUCGUCCACGAGCUGUAGCAGUGUGUCGACGGUGACGACCGCGGGUGAGGGGCCGGCGGAGUUGUCGGCGACGGUGCUCCUGUUUGAGAUGGCGGUGGUACGGGCCCGCUUGUCCAUGCGCUACUUUUGCAACGUGUUUAUCAAGCAGAUGGAGGUUUCGGGGUAUCCGGUGUGCCGCACCCUGGCGGACAUGGAAGCGUCAAGCGGAUUCCUGAGGAAGGAGCACACGGCGUUCGUGCUCGACUCACGCAUCAACAAGGCUUUCUUCCACUGCUUCGAGAACGACAACUUUGAUGAGAGCGGGGUGACGAGCAUCUUGGACACGGGCACCCGGUGCGCGGCGCGGCUGGGCGAGUACAAGCGAAUGAAGCUGGUCAACGUGGCGGACGCGGUCAACAGCAGCAGCCGCUGCUUCGAGCCCGACUUCUUGCGCUUCUGCCAGGCCAAGACCAAAGAGAUGUGGGGGCUCUUCCACAUGAGCAUGCUGUUCAAGAGCGUCGAGGAGCGGGAGGCGUUCACGGCCGCGUUUCUGGACGUUGCCAAAGGCGUGUGGCUGCUGCACAGGUUGGCCUUCUCCAUGAACCCGCCCGUCGUCAUCCUUCGGGUCGGCAAAGGCUGUGAACUCAACCCGCUCUACGUGGAGCCCGUGGCUGUCCCCGACGACCCCUGCCGCCGCUGCUCCUCGCCGCUCAAGGUGGAGUUCAUGAUCAUGCCGGGCUUCCGCGCGCACCACAAGAUCAUCAAGUGCCAGGUCUACCCCCACAUUCACUGCAGCUCGUAAAGCCCCUCCCCCUCCACUCACCAGCUUGCAAGACUGACUUACACAUAGCCAAAGUCGUGUUCAUCAUCAUUCAAUCAAUCCCAACGUGCUUGUUUAUGGCGAUGCCGCGGCAGCAGCACCGGCAGCAGCAGCCGGCUUCUUGAAAUCGAUCUUGUCCACUUUAACC